CACUAAGAUUGGGUAUCGCACAAUCACAAACUUCAUAUUUCCAUUCGGACUCGGUUAUUACAUACCUACUCUUUAUUUCUAAUUAUAAUCCCAAAAGUGUAACGUAUAAUUACAAAUUAAAUGUUGAACUGAUCCAUAAUAUAGUGGCCUAAAAAAAAUUCCCAACAAGCAUCACAAUUAGGUCCGAUAUACAAUUCCCUACGCUCAAGCUCCAUUUCCGCACGAUAGAAGUGUCUUGCUUUAUGAAUUAAAAUGCCAAAACAAAGGGAUGCGACAAAAAAUAAUAAUGGAAAAAAGGAAGAAGUGAGUAAAUAUAAAAAGAAACGAGUAUUAAAUUAUCUCCAGGAAUAUGGUUGCACCCGAGAUGCAUUGGACGCAAUCGCCAACAGUCGCCGCAGUGACUACAACAGAAUCGUUGAUUAUGUACGCAACACCGCCAGUGAUGCCGAGGCCCGUGUGGCACAGGAAUGUGAUUCUACCUCCUUGGCUAAUACAAAUCAAUGGCUGGAGCUGUUAAAGAAAGCGGAUUUGGCACCGCACUGCCAGUACGAAGCGGCCACCAUUAUGAAUGCCAUAGUUCGGAAUGAGCCCCAACCCCAGCCGGCAGAACUAAACGGUAUAAAUAUGGACGAGGUGUACAGAUUUUUGGAGAACGCACUCACUGGCCAACCACAAAACCUCUUAAAAGAAGCUAGCCAAAAAUUUCUCUGCCAAGAGAUUCAGCUGCUCAUAAACGAAGCAAACAGCGAAUAUGGUGAACAAAUGGUGAAAGAAAUGUACAAAGUCCUCAACAAAUUUAAGGACAUUGACUAUGAAGCGCAUCCCAACAAAUGCGGCAUCGAUCCAUUUUUUCUGGAUAGAGCUGAUGGUAAUACAAAAAGCGAAUAAAACUCAUUUUCACACAUUUAUUAAACAUUCAAAUUCAAUUUGGAAUUAAACUGUACGCUUACAUUGUCACAUGCA